UUACUUUACUGCGUUUUGAUGUGAUUUCGAUUUUGAAAAUCUGUUAUUCGUUGGGAAUCGAUUUGCUUAAUUGGUUUUUGGUUGAGGGAUGGGUUUGUAUGAGGUAUUGAAUCUGUUAUGCCGCGUUGCUUGGGGCCCUGUGAAGUUUCUAGUCAAAUCUUGAUAUCCCUCCAAUGAUCUGAUUCAUUUGAUUCACCAUUGGAGUUAUAUGCAACCACCAAACCUCCUCUUCCCUAAAAUAGAAUAAUAAUAAUCUCAGUACUGCUUUUGGGUCCCAAAAGAACAGAAAAAAUGUCUCAGAAUCAGCUGCUGGAAGAUGGCAAUUCAGAAGAGGAGGAAAGAGGAGUUUCUUUAAGAAUGUCCUUGCUUUGCAUGGAGAGCUCUGAUGAUGAAAAAGAUAGUAUCUUUGAGAAUUAUCUACCCAAACAAAUGGGUCGUACUCUGGCAUCUAAUGGCACAAAAUUUGUGGACGAAGUUCUCAAUGGUCAGAACGAACAUUGUUUGGAGAAUUUCCGCAUGGAUAAGCAUGUAUUUUACAAGUUAUGCGACAUUUUACAAGCACGAGGCUUGUUACGUCACACAAAUCGAAUCAAGAUUGAGGAACAAUUAGCCAUAUUCAUGUUCAUAAUUGGCCAUAAUCUACGAACUAGAGCAGUUCAAGAGCUAUUCAGAUACUCGGGGGAAACCAUCAGUCGCCAUUUCAACAAUGUCCUUAAUUCAAUUAUGGCUAUCUCAUUAGAUUUCUUUCAGGGUGCGGAGACAGAUAUUCCACAAGAAGUCCAAGAAGAUCCCAGAUUUUAUCCUUACUUCAAGGAUUGUGUGGGGGCAGUUGACUGUAUACAUAUCCCGGUGAUGGUGGGUGUAGAUGAGCAAGGACCUUUCCGUAACAAAAACGGUUCCCUUUCUCAAAUUGUACUGGCAGCCUGCUCAUUUGAUAUGAAGUUCCAUUAUGUCCUAGCUGGAUGGGAAGGUGCUGCAGCAGAUUUACAAGUUCUUAAUUCAGCUCUCAUAAGGCGUAACAAACUUCAGGUCCCUGAAGGUAAAUUCUACUUGGUGGACACAAAGUAUGCUAACAUCCCAGGCUUCAUUGCUCCGUAUCAUGGAGUUCCAUACGGCCUUAGUGGUGGUGUACAUCCACAGGAUGCCAAAGAUCUGUUUAACCAUCGGCACUCAUUGCUACGUAGUGUUGCUGAUCGCACAUUUGGGGCCUUGAAGGCACGUUUCCCAAUUUUAAUGACUGCACCUCCUUACCCUUUUCCAACACAGGUGAAGUUAGUCGUAGCAGCGUGUGCCAUCCACAAUUACAUCCGUGGCGAGAAACGGGACGAUUGGAUCUUCAGAAUGUAUGAACAGGAAGCUGCUCUGCAAUUGGAAGAUCCAAUGCCACCUUUAGAAAUUGAGCAGCAGCCAGUGUUAAAUGCAGACACCCAAGUUUUGGACAUUCCACUUGACGAAGAACAACUAGAAUAUACCUUGCAGUUGCGAGAUACUAUUGCAGCACAUAUAUGGAAUGACUAUAUUCGUGAUUUUUCUACUAUGUAGGCAACAUUGUUGAGGUAGUCGGAUUAGGUUUGAAACCAUUUACAGGGACAAAUGUAAAAGAGAUUGAUUUCCUACCGUGCACUUUUACAUGGUAGUCCUUAUAUCUACCCUAAGUUUAUUUUGUUCUAAUAUAGAUUUCGCUGGAGAUCUACCCUAAGUUCUUGUUUUGUCGAUUGACAAUUAACAUUUUGUGGUAUGAAGCAAUUGGAAUA